CUGCAGCCCAGCCAGUUUCAGAACAGCAUAUAAGCAAUAAUCACACCAGUAGUCCUCACUGACAAGAUAUUCUACAAUUAAGACGUGCUCUAUUCUCUACUGGUGCAGCAAAACAUCUACAACCAUGAAAUUGCUUCUAGCAGGAAUUGUUCUGAUUCUAAUUAUGGAAACCAACGCUCAGUGGUACAAGUUUCCAGUUGAAGCUGCUCAAGGGGCUCGUGAUAUGUUGCGAGCCUACAAGGACAUGAGGGAUGCGAACUGGAAAAACUCUGACAAAUACUUUCAUGCAAGAGGAAACUAUGAUGCUGCUCAGAGGGGAUCAGGGGGAAGAUGGGCAGCUGAAGUUAUCAGUAAUGCCAGAGAGUGGGCACAGGAAAGAAUGGGUCAUGGUGCCGAGGACUCUGAGGCUGAUCAGGCAGCAAACCGUUGGGGGCAGGAGGGAAGAGAUCCCAACCAUUUCAGGCCAGAGGGACUUCCUGGCAAAUACUGAUGAUAAAAGCCAUCAACUUCUAAUAAAAGCAAUAAAAUAAA